AUGUAUUCGUACGCCGUGAACAACGCUGCCUGCAGCAGCAACAACAGCAUCAACGAGAACCGCUACAACAGCGAAAAGUUGGCCAAAUCGUCGGCCGUCUACCGGCUGAAGAAGAUCCUGAAGCCGCUGGUGACGCUCCUCAAGAGCAAAAGCAAAGCACAGUCAGUGAAGUCGUGCAGCGGCAACAGUGCCUACGUCGAUCAGCGCCGCUCCAUCGUCAGCUACAUCGAUGAUUUCGACUGCGAUUACGACAACUCUGCCAACGAGCGGCUCGAGGCGGAGCUGGUCGCGGAACUGGAACAGUGCCAUGCCACCGAUGCCGCCAUCCUGGUGCUGGAGGAUCAGCAACUGCGCCUGCAGCCGGUACUGCCCGAGGAGCUGUACGUGCCGGUGCACUUUGCCCGCACCGAGGCCGGCACCUUCUUCUGGACGACCAUGCCGGCCCGGGAGGUCGACGAGGACCUGAUACAACCGGCCCACUGCUACAGCGAGGAGCAACAGUACGCCCAGCAGGCGUACGGCGACCGUUGGGCACAAGCCUAA